GUGAAGUGUGGGCGAACUGACCCAAGUGCUGCCGAACAUCCUUUGGAGGGUUACGGUCGGUCGGGUGGGGACCGACCAUGUUCGGUGCAAGUCGGCAUCUUCGGUACCCGUCUAACACUGUUCGGAAUCUCCCCAAAGCUUCCCAAAUACCUCCCAUGGACCCUAGCGCGGGUACAUGCUCAUCAACGUAAAACUAGGUUCGUCCCUCAAGACAUUAAACUGUACGACCUCGUCCGAAAGAGACGUUAA